ACAGGGUGCAUAGUACGUGAACGUAUACUUAACUAGUUGGUUGAAGUUUAUCAGUUUAUAAUAAACCUCAAUUCUAUAUAUAUAACAAUUAGUAGAGGGGAACCUUUACAGUCUAUCAACAAUUUUGUUAAAGCACUUUUAUAUGUAUGUGUGUCCUUUUGUAAACAUCUUAUUCCGUAAAGAUUAACAAUGGCUGCAGAACAAGGAAGCGAACAAGUAACUGUUCCAACGACUUGUAUGGAAUCCGUAAAUAGAAUAUCGAAAUUGCCUGUGGUUGAAUCGACAAUUCAGACAGCAACAAAUAUUUAUGAAAAAGUAAAGGAUUACAAUAGCGUCACCAACUGGACUCUUUCAACUGCCGAGAGCACCGUCAACAAAGCAGUAGAAGUGGGAAAACCAAUAGCAACACCUGUAAUUCGAAAUUUGGAGGGACCUAUAAAGAAAGUUGAUGGUGUGCUAUGCAGCGGUCUGGAUUAUGUUGAAAACAAAGUUCCAGCGGUGAAACUUCCUCCUGGAGAAUUGAUUAUGCAGAUUUACACCAGCACAAAGGAAUAUAUCCACAACACAAUAACUCCAGCCCUGGAACAAGCUUACUCCUAUGCGGAGCCUGCUGUUAAGACUGCUAAAGACAUCAUGGAACCUGCCGUACAAUCAGCGAAAAACAUAGUUGAACCAGCAGUUGAGAAAGCCAAAAGCCUCAUGGAACCUGCCCUCGACACUGCAGCUGCUAUUAAGGAGAAUGUAAUGCAUAAGGCCGAUGAAUAUUUACAUUGCGGACAUAGCCAGGAGGGUGAGUCCAGUGAAUGCAAGGAAUGUGAGGAUAUUAAACAGCAAUUGGAAAAGAAAUUCACUUAGGAACAGUAGAAUUUUUUUAUUUUAAAUUGUCUUUAUAAUUUUUCUAUGUGUGUAUCUAUAAGACUGUAUUCUUUAUAAUAGUUUAUUUACUCCUAAUAAAAAAAUAUUAUAUUUAA